CAGUUUUCCCGGAUGCCUCUCCUAAUGGCAAUAUAGCUAACCAAUACUAGUCACGAAUGUGUCAGGACUCAUGGAAGGAGCGUAAUAGGAAUUAAAAAUUACGAAGUUUUAGUGCUCGUUUUAAUUUACGAAUAUAUGACCCCUGGAGAUUAGCAAAAACGGUUAGCUGGUAUGCGUGAGGCGAGCAAGCUAACAAGCUAGCAGUAGUAACGGUACUUUGGUUUCACUGACGUUAAAUAGUCUGCAGCUGGCUGAGUUGGCUAACAGCUAGUCUGAAUGGCACAGCUAACAGGCUAACGACGGCAAUGGGACAUCUUCUAAAUUGGUCUUUCUGUAGACAGACUCUAAGAGGAAUACAUUAAGAGACAUGGGAAGUAACAAGGCUGUCCUUUCUUGCACGGGGUCUUCGGGUUAUUUACAACUGAAUACCCACAGUAACGUUCUAGGAUUAGCUUGUUUUCUACGUGGAAUGACGACAUUUGCACCGUCCAGCUGCCUCAAACACGAGCGUCGGUGAUGCUGGUGAACGCCGACCAAAUGCCCUGGUUGUCCGGAUUGGGACAGAGCACCCAAACUACAUUAUAAAUCAUGAAAAACUGCGAGUAUCAGCAAAUCGACCCGCAGGCACUUCCGACACCAACACCGACGCUUCCAGCACAUCACGGGAACGACAGUGACAAGAGAGAGGAGCCGAAAAGACCGAAGAAAAAGUGGGAAGUUUUCCCAGGAAAGAAUCGCUUCUACUGCGAUGGACGGAUCAUAGUGGCCCGACAGAGUGGGGUCCUGCCCCUCACUCUGGGCCUUAUUCUCGUCACAAGUGGAUUGUUCUUUAUAUUUGACUGUCCCUUCCUGGUCAAACACCUGACCAGCUGCAUACCUGUUAUUGGAGGAGGCCUCUUUGUAUUUGUGGUCAUCACCCUGCUUCAGACCAGCUUCACUGACCCCGGCAUUCUGCCCAGAGCAACGCCAGAUGAGGCUGCAGACAUUGAAAAACAGAUCGACAACACAGGAAACACUAGCUAUCGACCUCCACCACGCACAAAGGAAGUCCUCAUCAACCAGCAGGUGGUGAAGCUCAAGUACUGCUUCACCUGCAAGAUGUUCCGGCCUCCUCGCACCUCCCACUGCAGCCUUUGUGACAACUGUGUGGAGCGAUUCGACCAUCACUGUCCUUGGGUGGGGAACUGUGUGGGGAAACGCAACUACCGCUUCUUCUACACCUUCAUCGUGUCACUCUCCUUCCUGACGGCAUUCAUCUUUGGCUGUGUGACCACACAUCUAGCACUGAGGGCUCAGGGAGGAAAAGGCCUGGUGUUUGCUCUGCAAGAGAGUCCAGGCAGUGCAGUGGAGCUGGUGAUAUGCUUCUUUUCUGUCUGGUCCAUCCUGGGCCUCUCAGGCUUCCAUACAUACCUGGUUGCUUCUAACCUGACCACUAAUGAAGACAUUAAAGGAUCGUGGUCAGGGAAGAGUGGAGAAGGUGUCAUCAACCCAUACAGUCAUAAAAACAUCUUUAUUAACUGCUGCACCAUGCUCUGUGGACCCAUGCCACCCAGCUUGAUCGACAGACGAGGUUUCCUGCCCGCGGAUGAAGCUGUCCAGACAGCCGCCACGGACAUCGAGCUGCCAACUCUGACCAAUAAAAGCGAGAUAAAUGUGUGCACGCAGGGAACUAAAGGUCUGCUGGAGUCGGCCACUCGCCCCCCGCUCCUAUCCACCUCGUGUCCUCAGGGGAAACCCCAGGCAGCUCAUACCUGCCCAGACAACAGCCCAACGGUGAACUCUGACCCCUCCCCGGAGCUCUCCACGAGCUGUGGAGCCCGUCAUACCGCCAGCUCGCGAGGCCAUACCUCUCCACCACGUCACUCCAAGAGUCGGUCGAAGAAAAGUAAACGAGCUGCUUUGCAUAUUUCCAACCCUGCUUACGAUGCCCCUGUUUCCCCUACCUCUCCAGACGCUGGCCCCAAAUCCAAAGCCAGGGGCCACGAAGGUGCCAGCUUCUCCCCUUUGCACUGACUGACUUGAAUGGCGGCUUUCUCAAGUGGAAACACACCUUGUUUGAAGCUUGCAUGCUGUAACACAGUCAGAUACAAGUGAUAUGAAUUCAAAAUUGUCUUGUCUGUUGGUUUUCUGAAAGUCCAAGGCAUUGUUUAUGAGGAUGACAAUCACAGGGAUGUUUAACUGUGUGACCGAUUUGCAGGGGAAACAGGAAUAUGAGAGCUGAUUGGAAGAUUACUCUGUAGAGGAUGUAACUCAGCCCCUGCUGUUUAAUGAAAAGCACAUGGCAAGAUGAGAUUUGUAAGAUGGAGGCACUGGUGUACUGAUAGACCUGUAUGACUUUUCUUGAUGAUUCUCAUGUAAAACAUGAAUUUUUACCAGCAUGUCAGAUCCAUCAAAUAUUGUGAAACAGUGGCUUUGAUGUAUCAGAUGGACAAACUCUGGGAGCUUAAGCGCUAAAGCUCAGAGUUUGUGUGUGACUGUAAAGAGAAAAGUUGCCGUUAUAGAGGAAGUCCAUCCCCCAUGUAGAAUUCACAUAUGUCAUUUCUAUUGCAGUUAAUUGCAUGAACUUGAGCCAGUUUCUCCUUAAGCUGAAUAGCAGAGGGACAGUUAGUACUGAUGAUGUCAUGUUGGGACAUAUAGGCGGUGAAUAAUGGAACGUCAUGCGUCAUGCGACUCUGACAGCAGCCGUGGAGCAUUUUCAAGGAUAUGGGGACAUUUUAACAUUAAUAUCUGAGAGCUCUGCCUUGAAAUCAAACUCGUUUGGAUGUGCAGAUGGGUGACAAAUUAAGGAAAAACCUGACAUUAUUACCUCUGCUUAGGUUCUCCAUCUCUGUGGAACCCUACUGUAGGGAUGGAUGUCAUUUGGUGUUUAAUGAUGGCGGUGGAAACCAAGCUUAAUUACCAAGUGUUCCUCAGACAUUCGGGGACCCCUCGUCAACCAAAUGACACCUAGUUUAAAGGGAUUUGAUUAAGUGUGUUGUUGAUGUGUAAAUGUGUUACGAAUAUGAACUGUACGAUUUGUAGCCUGAUGUGUCAGAUGUUCAAAUGUUCUGGCACAUCAGGCAAAAUCAUCUGGAGAGCCGUUAGAAGCUGUUUGGAAAAGGGCGGCCACUUCCAGAAAAUAUCUGGCAGGUGAUUGGAGGAAACUGCCACAAAACGGCCUCAUACCUAAAACGACUAAAUAAGUAGAUUGCCGUUGACUCCUUAAAAACAACAGCAGUGACAAGUGUACUCAACCUUCAUAUGCCCGCAGCUUGAUCAGGUUUAGGCAAACAAACUACUUGAAUAGGUUUAGGAAAACAUUGUGGUUUGGGUUAAAAUAACUAAAUUACAUUUUGAGUAACUGCGGUCAUAGAUCAAACUGUUGCCAAGCCAGUCAAGAAAAGAGCAAACUGCUCUCCAUAAAAAAAAAAAAAAAGCCUUCAGUGUGGUUCUUUGCUCUUCUUUCAAUAAAACAUACUCUCCAGUU